UGCCAUACAAGUAUUAUGGAUAGGCCUAUUAUAGAAGUCUCUUAUAUAAAACUGUCAGAGUAGCCCCGCAUCCUCUUCAACGUGUAACUUUGGCAAUAAAAAAAUAAUAGUGGGCUAAUAAUAGGCACAAAAGCUACGGCCGACCACGUAUAAUGGCCAAAAUUGCGUGCGUGUCGGGGUCAUAAUAACCAUCAGACCAAAACAUAUCUUAGACUGUUUUUAAAAAAUGUUAAAUUAAUAUAUUGAUAAAAAAAAAACAUAUAGUGAAAAUCUGUGUCAUUGUCUUGACAAGUCUGUAACCGUAACGUUACCUACUUCAGCGAGCGUCUGGAUCUGUGUUGCACACGAGCCUGUAAAAAUCUUACCCGGAUACAGCAAUGCUAUUUUCUGAUUGGCUGAUCGGUAGCUAUAUUUUUUUUAUUCGAUUAGCAGGUGCGUGUCAGGGCCUUCGGGGAACUCACUUGAUUCCUCUACGUUACCUGUUUCACUGUUUAAAAAAAUAGCGCCGCAACUUGGUGGGCGUUGUCCUCGUAAUGUCUCUGCGUGAGAAAUACAAGGUGUGGCGUGUGAGCGUGUGAACGGGUUGAAAUGCGUGAGUCUCACGCCCAAUGCGUGAGACUUGAGAGCCCUGAAUGUAUAUAGUAAAUUAAUAAAACCGUAUAUAUUUAAGUUAAAAAUUGAUGACUAAUGGAAGUAAAUUAUAUUUAUAAUGAUUACAGACGUCUAGUGAGAGAUAGCACAAAUAUGGAUGAUUUUCAAAUAAUUAUCAAGGGUGGUUUAGUUGAGGUAAUUUCCAGUGUUUCGCGCGCUCUUUAUUUGAAAACGGCAGUAACGGUCGAUCAGUUGAACGUAACGAGUGAUAACAAUCACAUUUUCAGUGACGUUCCACUAAAAACAAUUCAACAAUUAAUGCUGGAACAUUGAAGAUGAGCAUCCAGUCCACCAGGAAGAAGUGAAAUCUGUAAAGCCAGAGUUUAUUGAAGGACAGAGAGAACAUGAGUCAUCUAGAACCCUGCAGAAUCAAACACACUGAAGAACAAACAGUCCAGCAGGAGGCGCAAACGAGCCACGAAUCUGUUUGUCAUCCACCGCAAAAGUGAAAGAAGAAGGAUGCGAUGAACGCAACUCGUUUCUAGGCUGUGAUUGACUGGAUUGGUGCAUCAUCUAGGCCGUGAUGGAUGAAAACAAUGAGGACGAAGAACUGAAAGAAGCGGAGGAGAAACACCAUCCCAUCGAAACUGGAGAACAACCGGAGCCAAGGCCAAAAAAAUCUUUCGCCUGCCCUCAGUGUGGAAAGGCUUUCAACUACAAACACAACCUUCAGGUUCACAUGCGAGUUCACACUGGAGAGAAGCCAUUCGUGUGCGAUUAUUGUGGAAAGCGUUUCAAAUACGAGAGAAACUUUCAAGAGCACCGGCGAACUCAUACCGGAGAGAGACCGUAUUCGUGUGUUCACUGCGGAAAGAGUUUUGCUAAUAGAAACACCUUUAAGAUCCACACCCGCAUCCACACUGGAGAGAAGCCUUUCGCAUGCUGUCUGUGUGAAAAGAGAUUCACGCAAGCAAGAGCUCUCAAAUCACAUCUGCAUUCUCACUCCGGAGAAAGACCGUUUCACUGCGAUCAGUGCGAUAAAACCUUUCUUACAGCGCUAUCCCUGAGAAAGCACGCGAAAGUCCACACGCGCGAGAAACCUCAUGUGUGUUUGCUGUGUGGAAAAGCUUUCACAGAGCUUGGAUCUCUAAUCGUGCACCAGAAAAGACACGAGGGUCUGAAGAAUCACAUAUGUGGCGAGUGUGGGAAGUCGUUUAUUACAAAUAGCGAACUGAAAGUGCACCAGAAAGUUCACUCUGGAGAAAAACCUUUCCAGUGUUCGUUCUGCGACAAGAGAUUUAAUCAAUCCGGACAUCUGAAGACACACGAGAGGAUCCACACCGGAGAGAAACCGUAUCCCUGCACUGCAUGCGGGAAGAGCUUCAGUCAGUUCGCGUCUCUCCUCAGACAUAAAGGCACUAAUAUCUGCAAUAGUUUUGACAAAACCUGAAAAUCGUAUGGAAAUAACUUCUAUCAACUGUAAGGUCUACAGUGACCCAGUAAAUAUGCUAUUCCCCGAUUUCUCAAUUGGAAACUGCAACAAUGAACAAAGUAAACUAGAAAUUAAUUUUGAUGAUCUCCUUGUCCAGGGGAUUCAAAAGUUCUGGUGCUGCAAAGUAAAAAACAAACAAAAAAACAAGAGAGGAGGGAAACAACAAGGAGCUGGAACAUCAGAAAAUCAUCUUUAAAAACAAGGACAAUGAUCCAGUUACUUGGGAAAUCAUUUGGAGUUGCAAUCUUUAGCAAAUGUUCUAGAGAUAUUUUCGAUGCAUUUUGAACAUGUCCCCAUCUGGUGUUGUUCAACUUGUGGUUAGCAACAGUUAAAAGUGCCACGUGUGUAUAUAUAUAUAUACACAUCUUGUUUAAGUUCUACAAUGGUUUUGCACGGCAAUGCAUUUUGCAGCAUACACUGUUUCGAGAUGAAACUUCUUGCUAACUGUUAUGCUAUCUUUUUAUCUUAUCUCAAGAAGUGUUGAUAUGUAGUUUAGAAACUGCGUUCUGCCUUUAAGGUGUCACAUUUAAGGCGGCACAACUGAAGUAGAAGUAGAGAUAGAGAUAGAAGUAGAGAUAGACUCGCUUGCUGCUUUGAGAGAUGCUGCAAUUAUUCAUUUUAACUUCUGUUACUAUGAACUUGUUAACUGUGACAAAUGUCACACAUCCUGGCUUGGGUAACUAGAGCAGCCUAGGUUUGUGCUUGCAAAGAGAGUUAAGUGUGUGGGCGUUUGUGUUCACUAUGUUUGACAGAUAUGGAAGUAAGAAAGAAGGAGCCUUACGGUAUUAAGACCAUCCUUAAAAAUAUUCUUGUUUGCCGUAACCCGACCGACUCUGUCAAUUUAUGACCAACUCAAUUAUUAUUAUUCUUUUGCUUUUAGUCAGAUCGACUUGCCGAUUGGAUAUUUGCAUUAAGACCGACCAAUUUUUUUUUUUUUGUCUUCAAACAACUAAUACAAAAGCAAUAAAAUACUAUUUAUUAUAUUUAAGUAAGUAUUGUAAAUAUAUAAAUUACCUAGGCCUACAUACAAAUGAAGGCUAUCUUCUUUAAUUAAAGAAACCCUUGACGUCAUCUGUGUUUACACGGAUGUCCCACUGUGGCCUGUGCCUUCGCUUCGUCUCGUUCACCGUCAGAGUCAACGGUUCGCGCUUGGUAAUGAUGGCAGCGGCUGCAGUAAACUAAAUGUUCCCGGUCUCUGUUCAAAGUCAUACGGGUUCGGGCACCAUAAUACAUCUAAAACAUUCAUUAAAACAGAUCGAUACCGCUUUAACUUGGCACGAAGUUCUGGAAAAACUGUGCCCAGAUCUUUCCCAUCUCUUCUCCUCUCUAGUCUAAAACCGUGACCGUGUCGACUGUCACUUUAUGUUCGAAAAUCUAUUGCACGAAUCAACCAACACAAGUUUCGAAAAAGAGAAAAAAAAAAAAUUUCUAUUGAGCCAGGACACACACGCAUAACAGCAAAUAAUCCUUCUGCACAAUGUUUCUCUUUUCACAGUUUUUACAGUUUCGGGCUUGAAUCGCCUGAAGAAAAGUUUUUGCUUCUGUUCUGAGGCCUCAGGAUAGUGCAUCAUGCAAAAUAUUACUGCAUGUUUAUUCAAAGCAUUAGAAUACAUGACUGUGAAAUGUUAUGUUUAUGAACCAAUUAUUAUUAAGUUGCUUAAAGAACUAUAAACAAAACAGCAUCAUGUAUGCAUGCAUUGUUAAAUAAAUAAAAAGGUCGUAAAACCAGUCACACAGAAUAAUUGUUUUCAUUUAAAAACAUGAGAUGCAGUGGGACGGGGAACAAAAACCCAACAUAAAGUCUCGAGAUAUUUUUAUAAAAUUAAAUUAAAUACAUUAAUUUGACAUGUCUUUCUAAACAUGCGGCUCUCUUGUGCGAGACGCGAGUCCAACGGUGUCCCUCUAGAAAAUGAGCAAAAUAUGCAUUCUGUGUGAACGGCUUGAUUUCAGUUUUGAUGUAAACAUGAUCUUCUCCAAAUUCAUGUUCUCUCUCUCUCUUUUUUUUUUAUUAUUAUUAAGUGGCUUCAACUGGAUAGCCUUAUAAUGUAAUGCCACAUAAAUCGUCAUCGCAUCUCGUGCGCCACUGAUAAAGAUCAAGUAUACUUCGGCCGUCCGCACACUGUCUGCAUUAUGUCCUUUUCAUCAUCCGCGUGCAGAAAUUUUUUGUGACCACAGACGGUGCGCGUUCACGAGGUGAAAGAUGAGACGGCAGAUACUGCGUGUCGAGCUCGUCCGUCUUUGAAAGUUGUGUAGACACGGCUGUGCGCGCGGCGAGAUGGAAUGGAACGCGGACUGUGAAGUACCGGGGCUCAUAAGGAAGCUUCCUUAAUGCACACCUAAAAUUCGAAUGCAACGUUUUUGUUCGAAUGUGGAUUUUUAUUUUAAAUUCGACGAAUAUUCGAAAAAAUAUUUUUUUGACAGCCCUAGAAAAUCGCCUAUGUGAUUUUUUGUUGUUGUUGAAAUUUAAUAGUAAACAUAGGCAUGUUUAAGCCUGCAGAAAAUGUUUUGCAUUAUGGCAGUCCACUAUGCUUAUUGUUUUUCAAAAAUGUUGCACUCCUGUUUGUCAUUGUGCACGUAACUUCACGACAAUAAAUCAUAUUGGUCUUUACCAAUAUAUUGAAUCUUAACAUCCCUCCUACCUGUUGUCCGUGGAUUUACCUAUAUUUGGUGUUAUUUGCCAUAUGAAACUUAUUUAGACAUUGAAGGAGUGGGUGCCGAGUUGCCAUAUCCUUCAUACUGAAAUUAUAUUAUAUUAUUACAUGAUUUCUUGUUUGACUUUUAAUCAAGUUAUGGCAUGAGUGAAAUGUGUAACUUUAUGUGGGCUGUGUUUCUUUUCCUCAAGAUAAAUGUCCACUUAUUAUGUGUGUGUAUCCAACCGUAAUGAUAAGACACUCGCCAGUGCUAGAAAGCCUUGAAUUUUAGAUAAGUUCCCUGUGUAUGUGUGUUAGUAUCAGGGAGAAGCUCAGACAGUCCCAGGACAAACAAUACAUUUUGGAACCAAUCAGAAUUUUGUUGACUUAUGUAUUGACACAAUUAGUAUCCUCUGUCAGGGUAUAACUGAGGUUGAUUUUGAGUUGUACGGGGGGGCGGACUACGAACUCUUUCUAGAGUGUUGAAGCUGACUUCUGCUGAUGAAAUUGCUAACUAUUUUCUUCAAGUAAAAUUAUUAUUAUUAAUUGAACUCA